AUGCCUCCUGCGCCAUCUGUGGGAAAGGAUAGCUACACACGUUCCAAUACCAGUAGAAGCUGUGAUGGUACUAUUACGAUUAGUAAUGUCAAUGAGAGAGUGACUCAUUUUGUUGGAAACAUCACCUGGUUACUUCAGAAUAUCAGGGGGUUGUCAAGUUACUGUGGUUGUUUUGGAAAGCCUGGAAACUACUUUAGCUGGAACUAUACUUCUUAUCGAAUAUGA